CGGGGGGCAUAGAAGCACCCACCAUACACACCCAUUGGAAACCGUUCAAAAGAGAUACCUUACAAUCGUUUUACAAUGCAGCAUAAGAACAACUAACAGUAGCACGCUACCCUCUUUUUCUCUCGUGUGUGUAAUCCUGCAAGUAAAUGGCAAGAGCAGCUUGCAAUCACCUUCACUUGGUUCCCAGUUUAGUUCAUCCUCUAAAGUCAACCCUCUUCACAAAUCACACUCUUUCCACCACACGCACUCGCUUCUAUGGCAUUCACCGAAGGUUCUCUUCUUCUUCAUCCAAAAUAAGCAUGAGCCUCAAGGCUGGUAUUGUUGGCCUUCCCAACGUUGGCAAGUCCACUCUCUUCAAUGCCGUUGUGGAAAAUGGAAAGGCUCAAGCUGCUAAUUUUCCAUUUUGUACAAUAGAGCCAAAUGUAGGGAUUGUUGCUGUUCCAGAUUCUCGUCUUCACGUGCUUUCUGAUCUCAGCAAAUCUCAACGAGCAGUUCCAGCAUCAAUAGAGUUUGUAGAUAUUGCUGGGCUUGUCAAGGGUGCAAGUCAAGGAGAGGGUUUGGGCAAUAAGUUUUUGUCUCAUAUUCGUGAGGUGGACUCUAUACUUCAGGUUGUACGAUGUUUUGAAGACAACGACAUUGUUCAUGUGAAUGGGAAAGUUGAUCCCAAGUCUGAUAUUGAUGUUAUCAAUUUGGAGCUUGUUUUCUCAGAUUUGGACCAGAUUGAAAAAAGAAUUGAUAAGCUAAAGAAAGGCAAGGCAAAGGAUUCACAAAAGCUCAAGGAAGAGGCAGAAAAGUCUGCACUGGAAAAGAUUCGUGAGGCGCUUAUGGAUGGAAAACCUGCGCGAUCUGUUACCUUAACUGAUUUUGAAAGGGAUGCUGUAAAGCAUCUCUGCUUGCUCACCAUGAAACCUGUUAUAUAUGUGGCAAAUGUUGCAGAAUCUGAUCUAGCUGAUCCUGCAAACAAUAAUUAUGUCAAGGACGUAACAAAUGUUGUGUCUGAGUUGCAGUCCAGAAUUGUAACAAUUUCAGCACAGGUUGAGGCAGAGCUUACUGAACUACCAGUUGAAGAACGACAAGAAUAUUUGCAAUCUCUUGGUGUUAGUGAAAGUGGUCUUGGCAACCUAAUAAGGGCAACAUAUGACCUUCUGGGUCUCAGAACUUACUUUACUUCUGGUGAGAAGGAGACAAAGGCAUGGACAAUACUUGCAGGAAUGACUGCACCUCAAGCAGCUGGAGUUAUUCACUCUGACUUUGAGAAGGGUUUCAUUCGAGCAGAGACAGUGUCUUAUGAGGAUUUUGUUGCUGCUGGUUCACUUUCUGCAGCACGAGAGAAAGGACUGUUCCCUUUAUUAUGUUGUUGCAGUUGAGAUCUGAAGGUAAAGACUACGUUGUACAAGAAGCAGAUGUCAUGUUGUUUCGAUUCAAUGUUUAGCAGAAUUUACUUCUCCUAGCUGGUUGUCAAUGGAGAAGUUGAGAUAUGAUAUAUUUGUGACUAAGGUCAGAAUUUUUUUUAAGCCAAUGGUUGAUUAUAGUGUUUGGAUAAGCAUUGUUUUGUUUAGUGACAUGCUCCCUGCUAGAAGUGGAAAAGUUGAGAUAUAAUUUAUGACUACAGGUCAGAAAAUUUUGGCAUAAUUGAUUAGUAGAGGUCAAUUUUUUUCAGCCAACUUCUGGUUAUAAUUUUGGAGCGAUAUUUUUUCUAUUUAGGGAAAAAUAUUUAAAAUUGUUCAUAGUGCAAUACUAUAAAUGUGCUCGACUAUUUAUAAUAAUAAGGAUGAAAAUCUCUCCCUUGUAUUUGAUUAACAAUUUAAAAUAUAAUAAAAAUAUGUAUACAAGUA